AUCAUUCUGCAACCUGAAGCACCAUCAUGAAGUUUGCAGUGUUGAUUGCUCUGGCUGCUGUGGCCACCGGUGCGCCAAAUUACAGCUUUCCCACCCCUACCCCGCGCACCCCCGCCCCAACACCUGGAUACACAUACCAGGAGCCCAAACAGACGUACCUGGUGCCCGGGGCCCGCGCAGAAGGCGCAGGAAGCAGAGCAGAAGAGCCAAAAGCGCCAGUGCCGAUCCUGAAGGACGAGCGCGUGAACAACGAAGAUGGAAGCUACGCCGUCGAUGUCGAGACUGGCGACGGCAUUAAAACUUCAGAGACUGGCUCGCCGAACAGCGAAGGCGCCGUUGUUAAGAGUGGACACUAUUCCUACACCGCCCCGGACGGUUCCGUGAUCGAGGUCAAGUUCGUCGCCGACGAGAACGGCUUCCAGGCGGAGUCCGACGCCCUGCCCGUGGCUCCCGCAUUCCCUCACGAAAUUCCCGAAUUCGUGCUCAGGCAGAUCCAAUUCGCGGCUGAGGAGGACGCGCGUGCUGCCGCUGGAUCUGGAGCCGUACUGAAAGCUGCUGAAACGCCCUCGAACCUGUACGGGCAGCCACACUAGGAUUAGCGAGGAUGACUUGAAAAGGAGGAAACAGGAAUCGAAGACUUUUACACCCUAUAUUUAUUUAUUAUGUGCAUGUUGCGUCUGAAGUGAUGCAAGUCUAUUUAUAAAUGCUGCAUUUC